AACAUUAAAGAAGGACUUGGCCAUAAAAAUUCCCUCAAAGCAGGCAGUUUCAGUUUGAAACCUUCAGAUUUGUAUUGUGAAAGAGUGUUGUUCAAUAAAUCUAGUCUUGAGUGGAUCGGUGUGUGUUUGUUGGCUGUGUUGGUAUUCAAUUUGGCGUCAGUAAUGCCAAGACUAACUGUAAUACAAAUGUAGAAUAAGAAAUGGCAGGAUUGCUGGCAUGGGCCGCAGAUGUGGUGGGAGGAAAUGGGGAUGGAGAGGAAGCGUAUGAGUAUGAGAUUGUACCCAAGUUCAGCCCCGAGGAAGAAGAUUUGAUAAGGCGGUUGAAUGAAAGAAGUGGUUGGCUCGAGAAGAAGUUGGAGGAGCUGCGGCGUAGGAUCCCUCCUGGGACUAUAGCGCACACUUUACCCCAUCUGCUGAAAGACACCCUCGCCUCCUCCUCCGCUCUCUCCCUCGAACGAAACGCCCACCAAGGCACCCGAUUGCAAGCACAACUAAGGGAGGCUUCAUUGCUAGAAGAAAAUAAAGCAUAUACGAAAGCAAUUGAAGCUGGGCAGCAGCAAAUUCAGGAAAAGUCUCAUGAAGCUCGUCAAUUGGAGGCUAAGCUGAAGGAAGUUAAUGAACUCAGCAGGAAUCAGAGGAUUGAGUUUGAGGAGUUACAAGAUUUAGUUCUAGAAAGAGAAAAGAACAGGUCAGGAAAUGAACCUGAAACUGGUGGCAAAACUGGUUCCUGUUCUUCAUCACCUGCUGCAACAACAAAGGAAGAUGAGAUAGAAGACAAGAGAAAUGAGCUGAAAUUCUGGGAAGAUAAGUUGAUAGAACUAGAGAAAAAGUGGAACACUUUGCAGCAUAAUUUAUCUCAUCAGCUGUCACCAGCACAAAGGGAAAAGGAGCUGGAACGUAGACUACGGAGUUUGACAGAGCAGUUAAUGGCCAAGCAGACACAGUUAGAAGCAUUAGCAAAUGAGAGGAACGCCCUUGAGUUCAGACUAGAAGAUGCAAAUGAGGCCAGAAGGAAACUGCAUCUUGAAAAUGGGGAGACAAACUUCAAAAGGAAUAAAGUAGGGAGAUCUGUAUCGACAACAUCAUCAGCAUUAACGUCUAUAAAUGCCAGAUAUGAUGAAUCAAAGGUUCAUCCACAAGUUUCAACUAUUGCAACCCGUCCAAGGUUCAACAAAGUGGCUGGAGAGUUUGGAAGCAAGAUUAUAAAUGCUGCAUCAGAUGCUCUAGGCUUAAGGACAGGAGGGUAUCGGAGAUUUAUGAUAUUACGUUCUUUGGUUGUUGGGUACAUCUUAGGACUUCACAUUGUUGUGUUUAUUAUAAUUUCAUUUGCAAAGCUGGUUUGAUGACACUGACUUCUCUAGAGAAGAUGUUUCAAGCAUGAUGUCUGUCUCAUGAAGAGAUGCUAGCAGAUUGUGGAGGAUAUUACCCUGCUAAAUCUUACAAUUUCUUUUAUUUCUAUACUUGGAAAUAUUGUCUAUAAUUAAUGAGGAAAGCGAUUCGUACUUCUAAAGGCAGGCACUGGAUGAUCAUUUUCACUCUAGUGGGAAUUUGAUUUAAAAAACUGGUGAUUGGAGAGUUGGAGACAAUUGGUACAUUGAACAUCCACUAUUAUGUGUUUUGGUAUGUACAUGUUAUAUGGAGCUAGAGUGUUAUCUAUGUAUUGCUGAACAUUUGGAAACUCUAUUAUCAGAUGGUUAUCAUCUUACUUUGAACGAACAGCUGGAUGGUGUAUGCUUUGCUUACUAAUUUCCAGCUUUUUAAGGAAAGGAUUAAGAAUUGUAAUUCUCUAAAUGGCAAGGCUUAGUUUCCAUUGAGAGCU